GUCCCAGCUAGGGGGGAAGUGGCAGCUCCAGUCAAGUUAUCAAGGUACCCAGUCAGAGUAGUUCUCUGUGCAUAUAUGAUUCUAGGACAUCCAGGUUCAGUUUUCACUGCAAAGGGGCAGUCUGAAUUUGCUCUUGCUGAAUCUGCUGGAACCUUUGUUAAAGAGUUCGAAUUGCUGCUUAAAAUUAUUGUAGGAGGUCCCAUUAUAUCUACAGAAGAGGAGAGCCCAGUGAGGCUGGCUUUCAGUUCUCAGCUCAAAGCUUUUGAUAAAGCAUGGUGCUCUUAUCUGUUUCACUUUGUGAUGUGGAAAGUUAAGGAUGUCAAGUUGCUAGAAGAGGAUUUGAUCAGUACUGCUUGUCAACUGGAGCUCUCUCUGAUGCAGACUUGCAAGCAGGUUAUGGGAGAUUACGAUGAUCUGACAGCCGAAUUCAGUUCUUUCCAGAGGCAGGUGAUUGAAAAUCAGAAACUUAUUUGGGCAAAGGUCAAGCAGCUGAGUGGUAAUGCUGGACUUGAACGUCUGGAACAUGCUCUUUCUGAGCUGCGGUCUAGGUUUAUUGACUCCAUGGAGACUGGUUCUCCGAGUUCAGCUGGUUCAUCUGAUAACUCUGAAAUCAAGAAUUCGGAGGAGUUCAAUGAAAAUGAAAGGUGUUGUGGUACACAGGGUAUUGCUUGGCCCGUGUCUGUGGAAGAUGAUUCAUACUUGUGCGAUAAACGUGGCUCUGGAACUCCUCAAAAAAACAUAUCUACUGGUUUAUUACGUGCGACUGAGAAUGAAGUGCUUUUGAAUGAAAUUAUUCACAAGGGUUGUGGCUUGGAGAUCGUUAGUGAAGAAAAAGAGAGUGCUAAGGCUAGAGUGAAAGAGAGAAUGGAAGAGGCUUUCUGGGAUGGUGUUAUGCAAUCCUUGAAUCAGGAUAACCCUGAUUUCAGUUGGGUUCUCAAACUUAUGAAGGAAGUACAAAAUGAACUGUGUGAGAUGUCUCCUCCAAGUUGGAGACAGGAGAUAGUCGAAACCGUUGAUAUUAAUAUCCUAUCACAGGUUCUAAACUCAGGGACAUUGGACAUGGAUUAUUUUGGAAGGAUUUUGGAAUUUGCUUUGGUUACUUUGAGGAAACUCUCAGUACCUUUGGUUGAAGAUGAAUUGAAUACUAAUCACCAGAAAUUCCUGAAAGAACUAGGGGAAAAUACUCAGGACAGAGAAAACAGCUCUGCAUUGUUUGCUUCUUUGGUUAUCAAGGGUUUGCAAUUUGUUCUAAGGCAGAUUAAGAAACUCAAAGGUGAAAUAAGCAAAACACGCAUCAAAUUGUUGGAACCAUUAAUCAAGGGACCUGCUGGUUUUGAAUACCUUAGAAGUUCUUUUUCCAACCGCUAUGGUCCUCCUACUGAGGCUCCAAUCUCUCUACCAUUAGUGAAGCAAUGGCUAUCUUCUGUCAUGUUAGUGGCUGGGCAAGAGUGGGAUGACCACCUGAAUUCAUUAUCAUCUCUGAGGUUGAGCAGUGGGGCACAUUCCUUGGAGAAAGCUCCAAUCACACUUAGAGCUGGAGGUAGCUCUCUAAGGAUAUCAGAUCCUCCAACCCUGAAGACUAAUGAAGCCGAACAACCAGAAUGCAAGGGAGAGAAGGUUGAUCUGUUUUUAAGGCUCGGUUUGUUGCAACUUGUCUGUGAAAUUGAGGGGUUGACAGUGGAAACACUACCGGAGACUUUGAAAUUGAAUUUCUCCAGAUUGAGAGCUGUCCAGGCUUUCCUCCAGAAAAUCAUUGUAAUCUGUACUAGCAUAUUGGUUUUGCGGCAGACUCUUCUUGCUGAAUGCCUGGUUACCAACCCCUCAGAGAUAGAAGAUAUAUCAUCAAAAUCUAUUACAAAGCUGUUUAAGCUUCUGGAUAACAUGGAGGAUGCUGGUAUUAUUGAAGUUGUUGAUACACUGAGCCUUUGCCUAGAAGGUGAUGAGCCAAAGAAGCUUCAAGCAAGGAAGGAGAUCAUGGCGAAUGUGUUGGCAAAGAGCUUGCGAGCAGGGGAUGCCAUUUUCACUCGAGUUUCGCGCACUGUUUUUUUGGCAGCAAAGGCAAUUUUACUUUGCGGAAGCGGAGCUGAGGGUAGGCGAUUGGCGGAGAACAGCCUGAAACGUGUCGGUGCAAGUCUACUCACUGGAAAGCUGGUUGAGGCUAUGGAAGAUCUGUUGGUUGUGGCAACUGUGUCAGCCAGAGUUCAUGGUUCAUGGUAUAUAGAGGUGCUUAAAAAUAUGAGAGCUUUGUAGCUAGCUUAUUAGCAUACACUUGUUCAAGUAAUUGUCAGCUUGCAUUCAUACAUGCGUGUAUAGGACGGGAAGGUUGAUCUUACUGUAUGCAAUAUAAUGUAUUAUGAAAGAAGUAUGGUUUCUAAAUAUAAAAUAAAAAUCGCAAGCUUGUAGAAAAA